AUGGUGAUACCUGGCAAGAAAGCAGACAGAAAACCUGUAAACAAAAAACGAUUCCCUAAAAAACUUUUAGAUAAUUUCGAUAUUACCAAUGUUAAUGGUGACGGCAACUGUUUCUUUCGAGCAAUUGCUGAACUUUUACUUGAAGACGAAAAUAAAUAUCCUAUUAUUAAACUUUUCAUAAUCAAUUAUGUUUUUUUGAAUCGUGAUCAUUAUGCAAUAUUGUGUAAAGAAGGAGUCAUAGAAGUUAGAUCAGGUAAUGAUGAUGCAGAUGUGAUAUUGAAUCCAACAAUUGUAGAUUUUUUAAAAAUGAUAGCAUCUGACAGAAUUUGGGGUAAUGAAGGUUCUAUACUUGAAAUAAGUAAUUCUUUAGGAAUAAGAUUACUUAUUUUCUGUUAUUGGUUUGACCGCCUCGUUAGCCAUGAUUUCCGAAUCGAAACCUGA